ACCGAAUUAAUUCAGUUUCAUCAUUCUCGCAUUGGGCUCAUAUAUGAUAUCAACGUUUUUUCACGGUCAUGUCAUAGGAAAUAUUCAAAACAAAACGAAAAAAAAAUCGAAUCAAAUAAAUUUGCAUUGAAUAAAGUUAACAUAACAAAAAUGCCUUUAAGACUGACAAAAUUCAAAUGGGGAACAGAAAAAUAAAUUUUAUUCGAAAUGGAAAUAAUAAAAUAUUCGUUCAAUUUGAAAUACAAUUAGGAUUUAAUAUUGUCGAUAGCAGAGAUGGCAUUAUUGGGUGCUUUAUGUUUGUUGGCUAUAGCCGGCGCAGAUGCUGCCAGUUUCGGUAAUGGUGCAUCGGCUGGAGCCGCAUCAUCAUCAACGUUCGGCGGAGUAAACGGUCAGAGUGCUGGGGUAAACUAUGGAUCGACCAAUGGAUACACUGGAACUUCAACAUACGGAUCUAAUUAUCCGUACACACAAUUUACCACGCAACAAUACUCAACGCAGCCAUACCAGAAUGCAAACUAUCCGAACAAUUUCCAGAAUCCGAAUCAAUACCCAAAUCAAUUCCAAAAUCAAUUCCAAAAUCAAUUCCAAAAUCAAUACCAAAACCCCAACCAAUUUCAACCAGCCCAAUUCCAAAAUCAAUUUCAGCAACAACAAUUUCCCUUUGCUCCAUUCGUACCAAUCCAAUUUCCACAGUUUUUCCCCGCUCCAUUCUCUCCACCGGAAUACCAACAGGCAUUCUCUCAGUUUCAGAAUUCGUUACAGCAACAACUUGCCAGCGGUGGAUCGUUUGCCUACUCAACUCCGGGUGCAAGUGCUUAUGCUCUGUCUUCUCUUGGUCCUGCUAACCUGUACAAUCAACAACAAGAAGCCUGGAAUCAAUGGCAAAAUGGAGGCGGCAAUGCUAAUUCCGUUCCAUACUAUGCACCGAACUAUGCAGCGGCCACUGCUUCAUAUGGAAACAAUGGCAUCCAUCAAACGGCUUCGAUUUAUCCAGCUAAUCCCAACUCACCGAACAUAGACAAUAGAUUUGGUGCAAGCGGACCGAAUGAUGGAAGCGGCUUUUUCGGUGUAUCAACAUCAUCAUUUUCGAGCUCAUCUGAUGUGAAUGGAGUGAAAAUGAACCGUAAAGGUGCAAUUACAUCAGUGAACGAUAACGGGAAGAUUACCACUUAUAAAGUUGGUUCAUAGAAAUGACUUCUUUGAUUCGAUUUUUUUUUUAAUAUUUUUAAAUGAAUUGUGGUUGUUAGUCUAGUUUCUAGUAAAAUAAAUAUUUUUUUUUGUCUUGAAU